GUGGAGGCUGGAGGCUGAGUCCGGAGGCCGGAGGCUGGCCGCUUGGGAGGACCAGAAGACAAGGUGAAGACAAUGAGCACGGGCGAUGUGGUUUGCACCGGCUGGCUCAUCAAGUCGCCCCCUGAAAGGAAGCUCAAGAGAUACGCUUGGCGGAAGCGCUGGUUUGUGUUGCGGCAUGGCCGGAUGAGCGGGAAUCCUGAUGUUCUGGAGUACUAUCGCAGUGAUCACUCCAAGAAGCCUAUUCGAGUGAUUGACCUGAGUGAGGGGGAGGUGCGCAAGUAUGCAGGGCCAGACUUCAUUCGAAGGGAGUUUCAGAAUGACUUCGUGUUUGUUGUCAAGACCAUCUACCGCACUUUCUACCUGGUGGCCAAGACGGAAGAGGAAAUGCAUAUUUGGGUGCACAAUAUCAGCCAGAUUUGUAACUUUGCACACGGGACCAACAACACAGAUUCUGCGGAGAGCCUUUCCCAUCUCACUUCAUCUCCUCAGCCUUCCCCAGCCGGCUCCUUUCGGGUGUCUCAGGUAGCCAACUCUUCUUUUAAUGUUGAUGAUUCGACCACAGCUGCCUUCCCUGCUAAGGAAGCCAGAAGUGACUCGGAAGCCCUCUCCUUGCCUGACUAUCUAGUUCUGGCCCACUGUGAGACCAAAAAGCUCAAUCCCAGCAGAUGUGACGCCUGGUCCAAUUCAGACCGAUCCCUGGAACAAACUUCAUCCGACGAGGUCUUUGUCGACUCCUUUCAGUCACAGGCCUCCAAUCACAUGUUGCCCUCUUUGUGCAGUGGGAACGGACUUCAGGAAGUGGUGCCCCCUGGGGGUCACGCCGCUCUGGCGAGCGGUGUCAAUUUCAGUGGACCAUCCGGUGACUACUCAUCGCCUUUGCCUUUGCUGGGGACUCCCUUAGCCCCCACCUAUCAGGUGGCCAAGGGCCCAGCCACAUUCUCCUGUAGAAUGACAGGAGAAAACCUACCAAACACUCCACCCCCUCGUCCUCCCAAACCAAGCCACUUCACGGAACAGCGCCAGGAGGCCAGGCCCCUGUGGGACGGCCAUAGCGGCGGCAUCAAUAACAGUGGCAGGAGGACUCAGUGGGUUGGUGUGCCAAGAAGAAUCUCCUUAUCAAGUUUAGACGCUGUCAGAAGUGGUAGAGCUGACAGAGAAGGCAGUUCCCUGCGCUGCCACCGGGACAAGAGGCUGAGUUUGAAUUUGCCUUGCCGGUUCACCUUGCCACCGUCCUCCCUGCCGGGCAGCUCGGAAGACAGUUAUGUCCCCAUGCACCCCAGCAUCUUCUCUGCCGGCUCCGGACCGGAAAGCAACGCUGAUGGCUACAUUGCAAUGAGCAGUCCCGAUCGUCUUUCCAGCCCCCUGCCCGAGCUGCCCACGGACCUGGAGCCACCCCCAGUGAACCGAGACCUGAAGCCCCGAAGGAGAUCACGCCCACCCCCUCUGGACUUGGGGAACCUUUCUACUAUCCGGGAGCAUUCAGCUUUGACCAGGACUUGGACUGUGCCUUACAACCGAACCAACUUUCUCUCUCCAGAAAGAGAUGGGAUUAAUUCUGCAAGAUCAUUUGCCAAUUCAGUUUCCGGAGAAGAGGAAGAAAGUUACAUUCAAAUGGAAGAACACAGACGUGGACACUCCCCUUGUGAGGGCGCUUUUUCUUGGCCAAAGAAAUUCAGUCUUGAUUACUUAGCCUUGGAUUUUAAUCCAGCUUCUCCAUCUCCAGUGCUCAAGAAACCUCUGAUUUCAGAAGAGCAUCGAGUUGACUACGUCCAAGUAGAUGAACAGAAAACUCAAGCCCUGCAGAACACUAAGCAGGAAUGGACUGAUGAGAGGCAGGCCAAAGUGUGAAAAAAGCAGGCCUGGGGCAUGCUUGAAGGUCCACCUUUGUUGUGUGCCCCACUGAGAAUGGGAUGCCAGAGAACUAGGGAUG